GAAUGAUUUUGAAGAGUAUUUUGACAUUGUGAUUACAAAUGCUUUGAAACCUGGUUUCUUCUCCCACACCCCAAACCAAAGACCUUUUCGAACUCUUGAGAAUGAUGAGGAACAGGAGGCUCUGCUAUCACUAGACAAGCCCGGCUGGUAUUCCCAAGGUAAUGCUAUCCAGCUUUAUGAAUUACUGAAGAAGAUGACUGGCAAGUUGGAUCCCAAGGUUGUUUAUUUUGGUGACAGCAUGCACUCAGAUAUUUUCCCAGCUCGUCACUAUAGCAACUGGGAAACCGUCUUGAUCUUAGAGGAGCUUCUAGGGGACAAAGUUACGGUGCCUGCAGAGACUGAAUCUGAGCCCUUGGAGAAGAAAGGAAAAUAUGAGGGAGAUCAGCCCCAAGGUCCUUACUUUGUAUCUAAACAGUGGGGCUCUUUCUUCGUGGACAGAUUGCCAGGCCUGGAAAAUGCAGAGGAAACCUUAGUUCGCACAUGGUCCUGUAAAUGUAUUAGCACUUACAGCACUAUUGCAAUCCCUAGUCUUGAAGCAAUAGCAGAUUUACCACUGGAUUAUAGAUUUACACGAUUUUCCUCAAAUAGCUCAGCAACUGCUGGGUACUAUCCAAGCCCUCCAAGAGCACUGCUGCGAAAUGAGGAGUCAGUGACUAUGAAAUAG